CCCUUCUCCUUAUCGCCAUCCAUCCUCACACGGCGGACGCGUAUCAGACCAGAGCAAAAGGGAUCUCCACUCCUCGGCUCUUCCCCUUACAAUUCCAACGUGGGCUCGUCGGGCUCGUCGACGAGGGAGAGAUGGGGAAGAACCAGACGUACAAGGCGAUGCAGCGGGCGCGGCUGGGGUCGUCCUCCGGCGCGCCCGGCGCCGCCGACGCCCCCGAAGACGGCAUGACGGACGGUUCAUUUCAUUCUCCAGAGUGGCAUGCGGCGCGCCUGGCCAGCCUCAGCAAGACGCACACCGUCACGUGGGAGGAGUUCAAGAAGAAGCAGAAGGAAGAGGAACUGAAAAGGGGUGAGGUGGAGGCUGACAAAGAUAAAAUGAUGAGAGAGUAUAGAGCUCAACUGGAUGCUGAAAGAGCUCAGAAGCUAGCACACGGAAGAACCCGCUCAAGCUCAAACUCGAAAUCAUCAUCUUCCAAGAAAGAGAGGAAGGAUAAGGAUGCAAAGAAAAGAAGUAAGAAGAAGAGAAAGCACAGAAGUUCAUCAGAGUCGAGUUCCAGUUCAUCAUCAGAAUCAUCAAGCAGCGAUGACGAGAACAGGGGUUCAAGGAAGUCCAGAUCACGGUCAAGAUCGAAGAGAACAAAGAGGGAAAAGAAGCACCGGUCAAGGUCCAAGCACACCGGCAAUGAUAGUGAGGAGGAAGAAGGUCCGGUUCGUCUCUCUAAAUUCUUUGGGAAGUAAAGACUUAGAUACUGUUUCCGAGACGCCUUUAACCAAUUUGCUUGCUCCUGGAAUCUCUUUUCAUUUCGAACCAUACAUCGGUGGGUGUGGAUGUAUCGAGAGUGCAAAACAAUUGGAGGGUUCGGUUAUAUUGUGGCGUCGUGCGACUUGUGAGCAACGUCCAAGUCACUGUUAAAUUGUUGUACCUGAGAGGAUUUAGUGCCAGCAUAUGAGACAUUGACAACUGGAACUGAUAUAUAUAUCUUCAAACUUGAAAUGCCCUUUU